UGGCCAGAGAGGCCCUUUCUGACUUGGUCUGUUUCUGUGUUUCUCAUUCCUCCUGACCUUCUAGUAGGUACAACUCUCUCAGGAUCUGCAGAGAAAUUAAACCCGCAAUAUUUGCUUACUUUAGCUUUUAUGGAUCAUCUGUAUUUUUGCUAUGGCAGUAUUUGCUCAGAGUUUUUUCCAGCUACGUCAGAGGCAUGUAGUAACACCUUGUGACCAUGUGGUGUGUCUUGGUAUUUUUAGGAGUUGUGUAAUGUCAAAGCACUUCUUCUGAUUGGAUAAAGUACAAAUUACACAAUAUCUGGAAUAUAAAAUCCUUCCUCACUAUGUCUUUGUUGCUAUAGAAUAAUCUCUGCAGCUGGAGGGAGACGGUGUUUUGGCUCUGGUAGUUGUGCCAGUGUUUUGAGGCUCCACAGCAGCACAUAUUCCUUGCAAGACCCUGUGCUCCAUUGCGAAUCCCCGCAAUGCUCUUCUGACUUCUGAGGUGCUGUCUUUUUAUUGAGAACUCCUCUCCUAAACUGAUACUACUUCGAGACCACGUGAAUUUUCUGCGUGUUGUGGGGAGCCAUGGGGAUUGGCAAAAACACCACUUCCAAAUCAGUAGAAAAUGGAAGCCCAACAGAAAGCAAAUAUGAAGAGGAGUCCAAGCAUCCUGCUUUCUUCACAUUACCGGUCGUAAUAAAUGGUGGAGCAACUUCAAGUGGUGAUCAGGAUACGGAAGACACGGAGCUAAUGGCAAUCUAUUCAACGGAAAACGGAGUAGCAGAAAAGAGUUCUUUGGCUGAGACGCUAGACAGCAGUGCAAGCUCCGAUGCCCGAAGCACAGAUAUGAUCUACACCAUUGAAGACCUUCCUCCCUGGUACCUUUGCAUAUUCUUGGGAUUACAGCAUUACCUGACCUGUUUCAGUGGGACUAUAGCAGUGCCCUUUUUGCUAGCAGAUGCCAUGUGUGUUGGAUUUGACCAGUGGGCAACCAGUCAGCUGAUCGGGACCAUAUUCUUCUGUGUUGGAAUCACAACUUUGUUGCAAACAACCUUUGGGUGCAGGUUACCUUUGUUUCAGGCCAGCGCUUUUGCAUUCUUGGCUCCUGCAAAAGCGAUUCUCUCCUUGGAUAAAUGGAAAUGCAAUGACACAGAUAUAACGGUUACAAAUGCAACGACGGAGCUGCUGCACACAGAACAUAUCUGGUACCCCAGGAUCCGAGAGAUCCAGGGCGCUAUUAUCAUGUCAUCUCUGAUAGAAGUGGUGAUUGGGUUCCUGGGCCUGCCUGGAGCGCUACUCAGAUACAUUGGGCCGCUGACGAUUACCCCAACGGUGGCCCUCAUUGGGCUGUCUGGCUUCCAGGCCGCCGGGGAAAGAGCUGGGAAGCACUGGGGCAUAGCCAUGCUGACCAUUUUCCUAGUGCUGCUGUUUUCUCAAUAUGCCCGAAACGUCAAAUUCCCUUUACCGAUCUACAAAUCCAAGAAGGGAUGGACUGCGUACCGGUUGCAGCUUUUUAAAAUGUUUCCUAUUAUCUUGGCCAUCCUGGUCUCGUGGAUGCUGUGCUUCGUCUUCACGGUGACAGACGUCUUUCCGCGGGAUAGCACCAAGCACGGCUUCUACGCACGGACGGACGCAAGGCAGGGCGUUCUUCUGGUGGCUCCUUGGUUCAAAGUCCCUUACCCAUUUCAGUGGGGACUGCCCACCAUUUCGGCCGCGGGCGUGAUUGGAAUGCUCAGUGCUGUGGUUGCGAGCAUCAUCGAAUCGAUCGGGGAUUACUAUGCCUGCGCACGGUUAUCUUGUGCGCCGCCGCCGCCGAUCCAUGCAAUCAACAGGGGCAUUUUCAUUGAAGGUCUUUCCUGUGUAUUGGACGGCGUGUUUGGCACUGGGAAUGGGUCUACUUCUUCCAGUCCUAACAUUGGAGUCUUGGGGAUUACAAAGGUUGGAAGUCGACGAGUUAUUCAGUAUGGGGCGGCAUUCAUGCUGCUGCUUGGAAUGGUUGGCAAGUUCAGUGCGCUGUUCGCAUCGCUUCCUGAUCCGGUGCUUGGAGCUCUUUUCUGUACCCUCUUCGGGAUGAUCACUGCAGUCGGACUUUCUAACCUGCAGUUCGUAGAUCUGAAUUCUUCCCGGAACCUUUUUGUUCUUGGAUUUUCCAUCUUCUUUGGACUGGUCCUUCCGAGUUACCUCCGACAAAACCCACUGGACACAGGGAUAACCAGCAUCGAUCCAGUGCUCAACGUUCUUCUUACCACCGCCAUGUUUGUGGGGGGCUGCGUGGCAUUCAUUUUAGAUAACACGAUUCCAGGAAGUCCCGAGGAAAGAGGAAUCCGGAAAUGGAAGAAAGGUGUGGGAAAAGGCAGCAAGGCGGCGGAUGGCAUGGAGACGUAUGACCUGCCUUUCGGCAUGGAAACGGUGAAGAAGUACCGAUGCUUCAGCUUCUUGCCGGUCAGCCCCACCUUCAUGGGCUACUCAUGGAAGGGCUUCAGGAAAAGCAGCGACUGCAGGAGUUCAGGCGACGACUCCGAGGCUGCUGUAUAGCCCCGGCCAAACCCGCCGUCUCCUCACUGUAAAAUAGCCAGUAACAGACACACCUGCAGUUUCUGGCUAUUUUAUUAUUUUAUUUUAUUAUUUUAUUUUAUUGUAUAUCUGCAUUUUCAGUUCUGGAACCAGAGCCGAGACAAGAUUAUAAAAAUAGCUUUCCUAUUGUGGACGCUGAUAGCUAUCCAUAACGUCUCUCCAGAUAACACAGUGCGGAGAGCAAGGUUUGUGCUCGUGUGUGUUUCUCAGAUCGUUCGAUUUGCUCGUCCGGACUUUGGCACAACUGCAGUUCUGUUGAAAGUUUCAAUCCAGAUCCCAAACUGGUGAAUACCAUGUAUGUAAACCCAACACUCAAAGAGGCUGUUUCUUUCCCAUUUACGGCAAAUACAUUCCAUUUUUAAAACUCUCCCUUAAGCCUCUCGCUGCUUGGUUAUUGCUUUCUGGCUGAUUAUGACAGAAAUGAUUGGGCAGUUCUUUCCAGACUGCUCAGUCCUGGUCAUGAAGCGGCUGCCCUCUGCAGCCUUUGCACACGUUUCUGCUCCAUCAAAGCCAACUUUGAUCUGGAGCACUUAAUUUUUCUUAGCACAGCAGCUGUGGAGAUGGGGCAGUGUGGGAGGGGUUAUCAACUGAUUUUGCAUCCCUGAACAGAAGUAAGAAUGCAUAAGCAGCGCCUUGUCUGGCGUACCCACAAGUUGGCAGAUACACCAUGAUAACCAUAUUUAUUAAGCGCAUAAAUUCACUAGUCCUCAGUGGAUUCUUUGAACAGAAUGCUCGGGUUGUGUCCAGAUUUGUGCCGAUCUGUGUUCAGACUCUUCUCCUGGUCCCAGCAAUGGCCUUCAUUUGAUGCUGCCUUCUUAUUUUCUCCUCUACCACACAGAACACAGAACCCACUUUGAAAUGGGAGAGACGCUGUGCAUGGCUUCGCAGUCCACAAGGUGGUUUAACGGGUAUUGGGGGCCCGCUGCAGGAGCCGCUCAGCACUUUCCCUGUACUAGUCUUGGCUCUGACCUUCCGUGGUUGUUAUUACUCAUCAUGGAUUCAUAAGGAUUUAUCCCUGUUUAAUGUUCAUACUGUUGCAAGUUAGUUUCUAGAUACAGCUGUUUGGUUUUUUCAUUUCUUUUUCCCCAUGUGGCCCAAAAGGCUUUUUUUUUACAGCUGUGGGAAGGCAUGUCAGGAAGGCAUGAGGGGAAUUACAUGUUCCCUCAAGGUCCGGAUGCGCUUCAGGUGCUCCUUGCAUUUUGUACGACUUUUUAAGGCAGAUGCCGUAGAGGGUUAAUUUCCUAAAGUACGGCUGUUGGAGAGCACGCAGCUGCCCUUGCAAGCCUCUGCGGUUCUGAGGCUGCGAGGCGGUCUGGAGGGUCCCGAUGGGCCAACGCGGGACGGUGUGGGAGGGGCAGGGCUCUCCGCAUGUGCACUGCUCCUUGCACGGCUCUCACCCGUCACAUCAUUUCCGCUCUCUGAGCUUUGCUUGGAAGACUUUCCACACUUUGCCGACCCGGUCCAAAUCCCAGCCAGGCACCUUCAGUUUAAAAAGGCUCAGAUCGGGGCUGAUACUCGGUCGCUUGAGGACGCAAGACUUCCCAUGCCCUUGUAAUAUAUGCCAGGACGGCUUCCCUCUCACGCACCCUCCCCAGGGUGCAAGUCCCACGGACCUCAGCGGGGUGGGGGCGGGGGCGGGCUCCUGCAUAAAACGAUAAAACGCUGGCAGCCCCCCUUACAUUUCACGUACGACCAAAGAAAAAAAGUGGGUGGAAAGGAAUAUCCCCAUUCGUGAGUGGCGACUGUAGUCCUAAGAAUGCCCAAGCCAGCUUGUUCCACACGCCGCAGAGGCGCAAAGGUUGCAGGCUCGUAAUAUUGGCAGAAUUUAACGUACCCGAAGGGUCACCAUCAGCGUCGCCUCCCAAAGUGCUAGUCGCUUCUUUAGCAGAACCGGAAUGCCAUCCCUCCCGCGUCCCUCCCACCCCCACUUCUCCGUUCGCCUCAGGAGAGGCCGCAGAAGGCCCUGUGGGAUGGUGCCCAGUGCUUCUGAAGCACGUCUCCCGAGUACCUUGACGGAGGCGAGGAAAACACGCUGGCUCGGUUAUAAAGUCUAACGAAAUGAAACUGAAAGGUUUCGUAGGUUAUAGAUAGUGGACGUGCAGAAGACCCGACUCCAAGUAGUGUUUGCUUCUUGGCUCGCUUCUGUGCUUGGGGGAAAUACUUGUCCGUUGCAAGAUUCUCUCUCCCCUGAAAGGUCCUUUUUAAAAACGUGUACCAAUACCAAAACGCUGGCGCGCUUGAAGUCUUUCUGUGGAAUCAGCGGCAUCCGUUUGCCCGCAGAUUGCCGAGAGCUGUUGGGUGAGCCAUUGGCCGGGGUUUGCUGCGCCCAAAGAUGCUGCUGGCAGCCCCCAGCGGGGUCCGUCUGCAGAAAACCCAAGCGUUUGGGAAGGUAGACGCAGCCCUCCAAUCGGACCAAGCAGCCGCAAGAGGGCCUCACGACCGCUGCACUGAGGCGGGGAUGAUGUUCACGGCCUCGGGGCUGAGCUGCUGGCUUGCGGGAUGGGAAGAUCCGGAAUGCCCGAUGCUCCCCCCAUGGUGGUGAGGGCAGGGAGCCGGCACGCGGGUGAGGGGGGGCCUGGGGGGCUUGUGAAGAAAAUGUUUUUGGGGAGGAGGUGACAAAGCUUGUGAAGUGCCUGGCCACCAGGAUCGGUUGCUGUUCGGCAGCAAGGCAAGGCCCCAGCUUGCAGCCGCAGACUGGCCGAGGAGGGAGGGAGGGAGAGUGGGAGGAGCUGCUCUCCUGCUCGAUCCGGGUCAAACCGAAGACCAAAGAGGGCUUGAGCAGGCGGGUUUCUGGUAGAUCACAGCCCAUUCGGAGGGGGAGACCCCAAAGCUUUGAGACCGCUUCCUGGGGCCUGUGCGUUUGAGAAAGCAGCCAAGAAACCCCUUCCAAGGUUCCCUUGGAGCCCCCCGUUAGCAGUUGAGGGAGCGAGCACACGGUUAGCGGGCGAGAGGACGCAUGGGGCACUUCCCUUGCCUCGCUGGUUAAGGGCUGUUGUCGGCCUCAGGUGCACUUCUAGUGGUUCUGUGUCGUGUCCCGAGUUGAAUUCUGUGCCUCAUACGCACAAGGCAGCCAUCCCCAUUCCCACGGACCUGGGAGAAAACCGGAAGUCCCUGGGAUGCCCUGCUGGAUGCCCAGCGGCAUCUCGGCUGGAAGACCCAAAGACACAACUGUGGAUUCUGCCUUCACAUGUGGCCACCUCCCUUCCUGCCGCUUCAAUGAAGCGAUGCUGCCUGGAGCCUGGACCUCAUGGGAGGGCUGGGGAACAGCACCGACAGGUCGCGGUUGAAGGAGGCAGACAUGUCUGGCCGCUCUCUCACAUCCGAGACAUAUCAACAUUCAUUCGAAGCAAAGUAAUUUGAGCAAUUUUGCAUUUCAAACAAGAACUUACCUUUGUUGUGGUUAAAUUAAGUACGCUGGCAGAGAUGUUUGAAUGUCUUAUAAAGCAAUGUUUCUUGAAUUUCUAUUUAAUUGUUAAUUUUUUCCUUGAUAGACAAAAUGUAUUAAGAAUAAGCUGCAUCAGGGAAGGAAUUUUUAAAUUUACAGUCGAUUUGUUUUACACCGUUUAAUACUAACUUUCAAUAUGGGCAAUUUGUACCUGAAUAUUGCAGUAUUUUAUUUCCAUAGACUUAACGAGUUAAAAACAGAACUCACACACACAAGCAUCCGCCACCCUCAAGUAACAUUUCCUCCCAGGAUAAUGACGGUCACAGGUUCCUGGGUGGGAGUGAUAUAUGAUUGUCAUGACAAUGUCAUGUGAUAGAAUUUCUUCAUUGACGAAUUGCUACCAAUUGUGUAUACUUUAUUUACCCUUGCUUCUGUCCUUAGCGAAAACAGAGAGGAGUCCUUCACUUCCUCUCGCCUAAAAACACUGGUACUGGCAAUGUCGCUUUCGCACUUGCAGCGGAAGACACCGAGCGCAAAGCCGGUCCGACCAGGCGGUGGAGUGCAGGACCCCCGCCAGGGGCUGGCCUGCUUCCGGCCCCCCGGAGGGCAGUGCGGUCUCUCCACGGGCAGGAGCUCCAGUGUGAGCCCCAUGCGACAUGCACGGGCAACGUGCUGCCCUCGCGCAGCGCCCGCUCAUUUCGGCGCGGCUUCUCUGGACGCUUUGUCCGUGGACUGAGCCCCGUUGGAGCAGCAGGGGCACCGGUGGAAAUGGGACUGGACCGCUCGGGUUUUCCGCCAGUCACCAAAAUACGAUUCCGGCCAGCUCUGGCUGAGAAUUGACAGGAGAGAUGCGUCUGAUGUAAGAUGCGGCAGCGAGACCAAAGCACAUCGACUAUCCUUCUCAUCGAUGGCACAAACUAGACCCACCGCUUCCGUCGUCUGUGCCGUGCGAAACUCCGGUGGUGCAACUUCAGGGCUACUUCCCAUCAGUGCCAGGCUCCAGACCCAUCAGGAGCCGGCGGCAUGCGCGUCCAGCCAGGCUGGGGCUGGGGAACGGGCAGGCGAGAGCUGCCGGUGCCCUGCAAGCUCAUGCUUCCGUGCCAGAGCGCUCCAAGCAAGGGCGAGCCAGGAGCCACCCCCCGCUCGUCGGCACGGCUCUCGCCUGCGUGAGGAGGCGGCCCAGUGCAUGCGGGAUAUCGAUCGGCCGAGUGUGUGCCCGCCGGCCUUGCACUGGUGGCCACCAGCUGACCUUGCACUGGCCCCAUUCUGCUGCUGGCCCCCUCCCCGGCCUUUGCUCAGCCACAGCGCAGCGUCUUGCAUGUGCAAGUGCCCCGAUGCUCUGACAGGCGGGCCUCAUGGCCGCCCCCACCUGACCCCUCCGGCGGUGCUGGAGUAGCUGCCAUCGCUCACCAGCGCGCCGCCAGGCCUGCUGGCCGGGGUGGCGAGGAGCCGCUGCCUGGAGGACAGCAGCUUCCCGCCACGGGGCACGUGCCUGCAUUCCAGUGCCUCGCCCCUCCAUAUGCCAGGCCGCAGAGCAGUCCUUCCCUCCUCCUCCAGUGGCCUUGAACCACCAGGACCAGCCCUUCGCCUCCGCCGGGAGGAUGCCGAGGAGCGAUCCCUGCCCGCGUUUGCGUUUCUGCAUGCGUGCUGCAUCCCUAGAGAUGCUCACCGAACUGCUCCACCUGCCCGAACCAAGGAUGGCACGUGUCUCGGAGCGCCGCUUUCCUUUGCCAUUUGUGCCCCGAGGAGGCCACCUGUUGGCCAGUAUUUUGCUUCUGCCCAUUAUAGCGCUGGGCUGCUUUUAAGUAUUGAGAACUCGCCUUCUGCAACAUCCACAACAUUCCUGUCUAGUUAUGAUUUAAUUGUGGCUGUGAUUAGUCAUCCGUACAUACUUGAUAGCAGAGAAUUACCUUGUGUAUUGUCUGACACCUUUCCAAGUGAAUCAUCUUGCUGCCGAUAAAAACUAUAGUGCAUUUCUUUUUUUCUUUUUAUGGUCUGUUCAUAACUUUUGAUGUAACAAAAUCUUGACUGUUUUUUAGACAGUGGGAAUAAAUAAUCCUUCAUUUUUUUUCCAUGAGUUUUUUGUGAAUGACUUUGGCUACACAAUCUCAUGUUACAUACCAAGUUGGGUUUUUUCUUUGAGAUGUGUAAUUCUUUUAUUGAGAUUUUUAUGGAUUUUGUUGUGUUUAGUUGGGUUCCCCCCCCUAACAAUUGCUUUAUUAAACGUUGAAAUAUUUAAGAAAUAUGUAAUAUUUGGACCAGAUGUUGUGAAUAAUAGUAGAUAAAAGCUAUUUUAUUCUGUAUUUUUAAAAGCUGUUCAGUAUAAAUAAAAAGUGGCAUAGAUGCAACUUUGCAA